GUAGAAAGAGUUUUACCCUUUACAAUUGAAACUGCAGGAUUAUUAAGGUUAUCUCCCGUCUCCACGGCCUUCAUUGAAAAAAGACCCUAGAAAAUGAAUUAGUCCAAAAAUCAAAAUGUAAUAAAAAGUGAAAUUUCUAUAAGGUGUAUUCUUUGCAUCCUGUGUGUGACUUUAAAAUUUGGAGAGGGGAAUUAAAUUUUAUUAUUUUCAUUGGAAAGCGUGUGAUGGAGAAAUAGAAGAAGAAGAGUGGGCCGUUUGAACUUACCGAUGGACGUGGAAAGAGAAAGCAGGAGAAGGAACUUUUCCCUUCCCAUACAUCACGUGAUUAUUAUAACAACAUAUCUUGCGAUGUAUGAAGCAAUUAGUAUGAUCCAUAUCUUUUCUAAAUCUACCCCUAUUCAAAACAUCCAAAAACUAAAAAAAAUUAAAUAAAAAAAUACCUUGAGGAAGGAAGACUUCUUCGCCAAUUGAAUUCUGGGGUCUCCAUUGCCCGACGCCGAAUUCAAUUGGCCAUAUGCACCCGAUUGUUAUUGCGGAAGGAAUGACCAGAGAAUUGAAACCCUGUAAUAAAAAUUGAUGUGAGAGUAGAAGUCUCAAAAACUGUUUUCAUUUACGAAAUAUACAUAGCAUUUAUUUCUGAGAUUAUAAAUAAAAUGAGUUUAAAUUCCUUAAAGUUCACAAAAAUUUUAAAUAAAAUGCAUUUUUCAACUCCAAAAUUGAUUUCUUUUAUUUAAAAACGCUAAUUGUAAAUUAAUUUAAAAAUAAAGAAUGAUUAAAAUAGAAGGAAUAUGCUAAUUCAAGAAUAAAUUGCAAUUUAAAAAUUGAGGAAAGAAUUGAUCAGACAAAGCUUUCUAGGCUUGCAUUAUGCAUCAAACAGCCUUCCAAAGGCCUCUCUCAGAGCCCAGUGCGAUCAUCACUUCCAUUCGUCUUCUGCAAUUAAUAGGAAAAUCCUCCACAGAAAAAGUAAAUCGAAUGAAAUUAUUUCUUAACAAUGGAAAAAACCUCAGAAAUUAUGGUUAAGGUUAUCAUCAAUGAUAUUGGUUCAGGUCUCAAAGGUUUACCAUCAUAGGAUUUUCCCAGAUUCGGGUUCAUCAUUCUAGAUGCCAAAAUAUAUGAACAAUCAAAUAAAAACACAUCAAAAUAAAAUCAAAUCGGAGGUGGGGAACAAUGGCGGCGAAGCGACUCAACUUUCCGGAGAAAAUUUCUGCCUCGAUCGGAAAACUCAGAGAACCCUUAAUCAAAGGUCUCUUUGAAAACGAACCGUUGUCCAUCUCCAAUUUCUAAAAAUUCAAUAAAUAUUUAAAAAAAAAUAAAAUAGAAAAGGAAGAUGUGUUACCUCUUUUUUGAAUCUGAUUCCUCUCAUCCGCUGUGCUGCGCUGGAUUCCUCCAUAGGCUAAGCUCAUGGCAACGGUAGAUGCAAUUUCCCACAUAUGCCCCAUGUUCCAUUUGAAGCCCUGUGUAAACCCUAGAUGCUUUGCCGAGAAAAGAGAGAUCCUAAUGUUUUUUCGGAUCUAGAAGAAUAGAAGCCGGCGAAAAAAGCAAGAAAAGUAGCGACCAGGGUAGUAUGAUAAACUUUCCCUUUUACAACUCCCCUUAAAAACCACCAAAAUCAAAAUGAGAACUGGGGGCUGAGGGAGUAUCAAUUAGCACGGGCCUAUUGGUCACUAAGCCGCCCACCGCCCCACGACAAUGCCUUCUUCCCCGUUCACCGCCCCACUACCGACGAUUACUCUCAUAUAUCUUCCCUGUGGGAUUGUAUUCGCCUCUUCUAUAAUCUUCCUGUAAACGGGUAUUUGUCAGAUUGCUUCGCGACCCGCUAGAUGCAAACCUAUCACUUUGACAAUGUGGGACACUUUCGCAUCAGUCCAAGGGUCCGAAAUUGAGAACGCACUGCAAUCAGGCAUUUAUCCCACAAUAUUUGCAAGGAGGGUAGCAUCAACAUCUUUCAAAGGAAGUCUUCAAAUACAGCUGCCAUAGAGCACGCCAUUGAAACCAAAAAAUGGAUGGACCCCUUAUCUAUGUUUGCAAAGCCUGAAGAUAUUCAAACUACACCAAUCUCUGAAGUUGCAUGUAUAGAAAAUGAGGAGGACAUCCACUGGGUUGAAGGGCAGUUGCAGGUCAUAGAAAUUGAAGACAUUACAUUCUAUAUAGGCUGCAGCAGUUGCAACAGAAAAGUGGACUUCUAAGAAGGAAUCAGUUUUAAAUGCAUGCUGAGUGGUGACCCUGCAGCAAAAACCACAAAGAGAUUCAGAAUAUUGUUCGAAAUAACAGAAGGCAUUAGUGCUCUACAAGUCACCCUCUUCACCGACACACUCGAAAAGAUAGUACGAGCACUUGAAUUGAAUAUACCAAUGGAGUUGUUAAAAUGCACCGAUUUGAACAGCAGUCUUGAUUCUCAGAAGGUAACGGCUGCGGUGAAACUACCACCUCGCACCGACCGAACAUCUCCAUCAAAGACAUUCUCGCUGCUGUGCCUGUACAACCUCCAUCAUGAAAAAACAGCAACUCCAUACUUAAAGAGAAAGCUGAAAGUGGAAGAACCCAGCCCCAAAAAACAGUGUUGAGAAAUUCCCAUAAGUGUAGAAGUCUUUUCCCCUUAAAUCCUACUAAGGUUGGAAAGCUUCGUUCAGUACUUCUCCCAUGCAUUUUGUGGUCUGUACCUACCUACCCUCUUGUUAAAUACUUAGUUCACUGCUUCUACUAAUACCCACCUGCAAAGAAGGAAAUAAGUUCCAAAUUUUGUC